AUUUACCCAUUUUGUUCUUCUAAAAACAAACACUCUUGAUUUUUGUAGAGAGAGAAUGAGAGAGCGAUUUAGAGAGAGAGAGAGUGCUAGGGUUUGGACAAGGCGUCCAGCAACUAGGGACAGUGGUAAUGGGCUUCGACGAUGGCUUCCGGGUUUUGGCAAGCAGUAUCUAGGUCAGGCGACUUCGUUUUUCUUCUAUGAUUUUCCAAAGGAGAGUUUUGCGAAGGAUCUGUGGUUUUGCUUUUGGUCAUAUGGGAAGGUAGCAGAUGUUUAUAUUCCGGCAAGGUGGGAUCGGAGAGGCUGUCGUUUUGGCUUUGUUCGAAUGUCAGAGGUCUCAGAUGUGACAGACAUGGAGAGGAAAUUGAAUGAGAUAUGGUUGGGUUCCUACCAUCUUAAGGUGAAGGUGGCAGACAAUAUGAAAAGAGGGAAGGAAGGGACAAUGGUGAGACAAAAAUCACAGAUAGAGAAGAAAUGGAUUAGGAGGGACAACAAGGUGAAUCCAAGGGUGACUUAUGCACAGGUGGUGGCCGGAAUUAUGGAUGCAAUUGAGGAUAGAAAUUCCUCGGCUCAUGACUUAAGACAAGUUUCUGUAUUAAAAGAGAAUGAGCCAACAGGGAAAAGGAUUGCGGAGGAUGGAGUUCCUUUGAAAGCAUGGAGUGACAGAUGCUUCAUGGAGUUAGGGGGCUUAAUUGGAGAGUUGAUUCUUGUGGAUGAGGAUACAAAGAGUAAAUCCUUUUUGUGUGAAGUGGAGGAGGAGUGGCGGAUGGACCCAGAUUGGUGGUUAGCUAGAGAGCGGCGAAAUCCAGCAACAGAUUCUGAUUCAGAAGAUCCAAGCAACGGUUACAAUUUUAAUGAGGACGGAUUUUUGGGCGAUGAUGUCGCUGAAUUGGCCGAGGAAUGCGCAGCAACGGCUCUUGAUGUGCAUGCAGGUUUAAAUGGGCAAGGAGUUUUGGCGGAAAAAGACUCGGGUGAGUAUAUUAGGGAACAUGGGCUUGGUGUGAGUGGGCUGGGUCUGGGUAGCGUGAGUGGGCCUGAAAAUGUAGAGAAUGGAGUGCAGCAGGCCGAAAGGGGUAAAUUGGUGCCAGCUAGGGCACAACACUGUCGGAGUGAUCGAGAAAAGAAAUACAAAUUUGUAGAGGAGAUCUAUGUGGGGGGAAGUGGCGUGAUGGAACCGAGAAAUACAGAGUUUUCGUGGGUUACGGAGAGAACAAAGCUCAGAAGGGACAGAAAGGAAAGAUUUCAGAUGGUUAGGUCUCGGCAGGAAGUGCAGCUGGAAGACUCUCUGACCGAUGGGGGGUUCAUCGGGAUUUCUGGGGAAUGGGGUAGUCAACAACUCAAUUGUAAUAUGGUGAAUGUGUAUGCUCCUUGUGAUAGAAGAGAAAAGGCUUUGUUGUGGGAGGAGAUGGGGGGUUUAGUGUUGGAACAGGGUGGGAGGUGGCUUUUAGCAGGAGAUUUUAACGUUGUUCGAAGUAUAAUAGAAAGGAAGGGGAGAUUAGGGGAGACAAAGGAUAUGGAAGAGUUUAAUCGAUUUGUGGAAGGGACCGGUCUAAUUGAUGUCAAAUUGUUUAAUAUCAAGUAUACUUGGUAUAGAUCUGAUGGAACCUCAAUGAGUAGACUGGAUAGGUUUUUGUUAUCUUCGGAGAUGAGUACAUUGGAAAGAGAUUGGACACAAGUUGGGCCGUUCCGAGCUCUUGAUGUAUGGCAACAACACCCGAAGUUUAGAGAUUUUAUGGCGGCUACUUGGGAAAAUAUACGGAUUGAAGGUUGGGCAGCUUUUAAGUGUCAAAAAAAGUUGAAAUUAUUAAAGGAGGAAUGCAAAAGGAGGAACAAGGAGGUGUUUGGAAAUGUGGAGGAGUGCUCUCAGGAAGUUUGGGACAUAUUACAGAAAAGAGAAGCAGUGUGGAAACAAAAAUCGCGUGCCAAUUGGGUUGGUCUUGGGGAUGCAAAUACGGCAUUCUUUCAUAGAUGUGUGCAUGCACGACGAGCACAGAAUGUAAUAUCAGGCAUCUUAGGUGAGGAUGGGUGGGUGGAGGAACCUGAAAUGGUAAAGGCGGAGGCAGUGAGGUAUUUUUGUCAGUUAUUCCAAAAUGAAAAGUGGAGUCGUCCAAUGAUGGGUGGGAUUCAAUUUCGUAAAAUUUCAGCUGAACAAAGGGAGUGGCUUGAAAGGCCUUUCUCAAUAAAGGAGAUUGAAGAAGGACUUCAUAGUUGUGAUGACUCAAAGGCACCCGGACCGGAUGGGUUUAAUUUUAAUUUUAUAAAGUUCGCUUGGAGCACAUUGAAAGAUGAUUUUGUGAACUUUAUGUGUGAAUUUCAUCAACAUGGGAGGUUAGUGAAAGGCUUAAAUUCUUCAUUCCUUGCAUUAAUUCCUAAGAAAUUGAACCCACUUCAGUUUACGGAGUAUAGACCUAUUAGUUUGCUGGGGUGUUUGUAUAAAUUGUUGGCGAAGGUUCUGGCAAAUCGGUUGAAAAUGGUAAUGUCAGAUAUAAUUAGUGAUUCUCAGUCAGCUUUUGUUGGUGGUAGGCAGUUGGUGGAUAGCGUGCUAAUUUUGAAUGAGGUAGUGCAUGAGGUAAAAAGAAGAAAGCAACAAAGCUUCAUGUUUAAAGCUGAUUUUGAGAAAGCUUACGAUUGUGUGGAUUGGGGUUUUCUAGAUUGGAUGAUGGAUAGUAUGGGGUUUAGGGAUAAGUGGAGAAAAUGGAUUUGGGAAUGUCUCUCAACUGCAAGGAUUUCAGUGUUAAUAAAUGGAAGUCCAAUGAAGGAAUUCUCUGUAUCCAAACGCCUUCGUCAAGAUGACACAAUUUUCAUAAGGAAGGCUGAUGCAGAAAAUGUUAGAGUUGUGAAAGCUAUCUUGCUUUGCUUUGAAUUGAUCUCUGGAUUAAAGAUAAAUUUUAGCAAGAGUCAUUUGUAUGGGUUUAAUGUUUCGGAUGGUUGGUUACAAGGUGCUGCAGACAUGCUACACUGUGGGGUGGGCAAGGUGCCUUUUAUAUACUUGGGUUUGCUAGUAGGAGGAAAUCCGGGGAGGAAAAAGUUUUGGAAGUCGGUGCUAGAUCGGUUUCAUCAGAAGCUUGCCACUUGGAAAAGCCCACUACUGUCCUUUGGAGGCCGGAUUACCUUAAUACACUCGCGGAAUUUUUUUUGGGGAGGAGCGAGUUUGGCUAAAAAAAUUCCAUGGGUUAGUUGGGAGUGUAUGUCUGUGGAGAAGGGGAAGGGGGGUUUAGGAGUGGUUAAUUUAGAGAGAAAGAAGGAUGCUUUGUUGGGGAAAUGGUGGUUUCGAUUAGGAGAUGGUUUAGAUAGCUUAUGGAAGAGGGUGAUUUGGGGAAAAUAUUAUGGGGGUAGGAGGGAGAGGGAUGUUACUUCCGUUGAGUGUUUGAAUAUGUCGCCGAUAUGGAAGGAUAUUGUGAGUUUGGGUAGUAGAUUGGAACGAUUAUCGAAUAUGUUAAUAAGAGGUUUUAAGUGGGAAGUUGGGGAUGGAAGCUGUGUGGAUUUUUGGAGUGACAAAUGGGUGGGGGAUAAGUCUUUGAAGGAGUUAUAUCCUAGGUUAUUUGUGUUGGCUAUAAGGACGGAAGGAAUACUGAAGGAUAUGGGUGUGUGGCGUGGAGAAAAUUGGGUUUGGGAUUGUAGGUGGAGAUGUGGAUGUAGAGGGAGGGCAGCAGAAGAGGAAGAACAUUUUCGGGCAUUGAUCAAUGGAUUUAAGUUAAGGAUAGAUAGGGAGCAUUCUUGGAAAUGGGUGUAUAGUAGUGAUGGUUGUUAUUCGGUGAAGGCAGCAUAUGAGUUUCUAACACCAAAUUCUAGUUUUUUUGAGGAGAAAUGGGCUAAGGGGGCGAUAUGGGUUGCGUGUUCUGUCAUGAGGGGGUGGAGCAACUUCAUCAUAUUUUAUGUGGGUGUAAGAGGGACAGAGGUGAUGAUUGAAGGGCAAUUAUUUGAGUCUAUUCAAGCAAAAUCUUUUUUAUGGCUCAAAAAUAAGGAACCAAGGUGUGUGUUUUCGUAUACGGAUUGGAUGUUAAGGCCAAGGGAGUGCAGGGAGGCUAUUGUGCAACAUUGCAAGAAUCUAAAGAGUGCUAAGAAACUGCAACGAGAAGCAAUCUGGAAGAGUGCUGAUCAGGAAGGAUAAAGCUCGUUCAAUGUGCGUUUGGUGGUUUUUUACUGUUGGAUUUUGGGUGCUAGAAGCUUGUCUAAGCUGCAGAUGCAAUUGUAUGCUGUUUUUAUGCUUCUUUGUUUCGGUUCUGCUAUGUUUACAUGAUGGCUCUAUUUGAUGUUUUAAUAUUUUGUGAUAUAGUGCAUCUUUGAUUAGUGUAAAUGGACAGGAGUACCCCUUGUGCUCUAUAUAAUAAGAUUUGUUUUUUGCU